CAGACAGACAAAUAGAUAGUUUACUUUAUUAAUCCCCACAAAUUAGUUCAAACAGCUCUCUGGCAAGAAAAGAUAAAAGACAUGGUACAAACAGUUUGAUUUUUUUAAAAUCAAUUAGAAAAGUAAAAAUACUGCAUUAACUAAACUAACUAAAAGGGUGAUUAUAACACAACUUUUAACAGACAAAAACAUCCAAACGUUUUUACUAACUAAGAACUAUUAGUAACUAUCAUGUAGUAUUUUUAAUUCACAGAAAUUGACAAUAUUUUGUACUAAACAGAGAGAUGAAAUGAGAGAUUCCCAGAAAGAGCAAAGUAGAAUCCCAUGAAGGUGGAGGUCCUUGUUGUGGCGGGCUGGGGCUGAGCUCUGCCUCUCCCGCGGACACGUCCGUGCAUUGUUCUGUGGCGGUGGAGAAAAACUCCAUUGUUGUUGGGAACUGUUAAUCUGGGGAUUGGAACCCCGUCACGUGCUCGGACGGGGCAGCGGAGAUCCAGUCCGAGGACAGCGACCGUGCUGGACGCUUUACGCACGGACGCGCCGCGCGCCGCUCAGUCAGAGACCGUUCGUCCUGGGGAGCAGGACCACCUCUGGACCUCAGGAACGCCAUGGCGCACCAGUACAGCCAGAGAUCCCUGCUGGUUCUGUCCUUACAGGGGGUCCUGUCUGCCAUCAUGGCAGCGUUAUCGGUCAUUCUCAUUUUCCAGCUGCAGUCCCUGCGCGCGGCGGGCGGGGACUCCGCGCUCAUACCCGCCUCGGUCUGGGCCGUCCUGCAGCCCGUCUCCACGGUCCUGUCCGCCCUGUCCCUCACCCUCCACCUGAGCUCCGUGCUGGUGUGCCUCCUCCACAGCUACUUCUCAACCGAAGUCUGCAGGGAGGAGCAGGACACCCACAGAGCAGACUGGUUCCUGUUGGACAGCAUAGGAGUGCGACACGUGGCCAUUGGACUCUUCUGUCUGGGAGUGUCAGUUUACUUGAUAGCCAUGUCGAUCUUCAUGCUCCUGAUAUUUGAGACGGAGACGGGCAUUGCAAGCGCUUGCAUCCUCUCCUCAGGAAUCCUCAUCCUGUUUGUGGCUGUGAUCCAUUCUCUGGUCAAAGCUUCCCACUCUGCCAGACACUACCGAAGUGACCACAUCCACAGCCUGUAUGAGAACCAACAGGGAAGCAGCAGCCUGCCCCUCUCAAGGCCCUGCGAGCUGAGGGUGGGCGUGGACCAGCCGCGGAUUCACCGCAGCCAGUCUCACCUUCAGCAUCCGGUCCCGUACCAACCGUGCAGCAGCCGGAGGCAGCAGGAGCAGUAUGAGCAGCAGCACUCUCCCGCUGAGGGGCUCCAGGGACACAUCAACGACAACGAGUGCUACAAUAGUGGGGGCAGUUUUCCCAGAAUGCACAGGACUCUGUCCACCGAGUCGGCUCUACUACAGGCCCAGACUAAACCCUGGAAUGGGGUCAACAACGAAAUGAGGAGUGUUCUCGCACGGAAGUCAGGGAUUUCUGCUAAAGACUCGACUCUCGUGUGACUGUACACCAGGAAAAAGAAGGAAUUUCAAGUUCAUAGAUCCAACUUUCAGUUUUGUAUGAGAUCAUUUAUUCUGAUAUUUGUAUUGUGCUCAAAUGUAGUGUUUUGAUUGAAGGAAAACUCAUCAACAUUCUCUUCUUUUAAAUGGACACAAAUGAAAUGAAUAAAAAUGUUGUGGUCCAAGUAUCAAUCAGGCAGACAGAUAGCUUCCAUUCUGAUCAUGUUCUUCCCUCUGCCGUGUUCAGGCGUUUGUGAGUCAACUGUAAAUAAACUCAUAAAGACAGACUCCAGGGUUUGAAGGGUUAGUUAA